CCGAAGGUAGUUGUUAGCGUCGCGGAAAAAAAAACAAAAAUAAAAAAAGUGGGGCGAGGAAGAAACCGAAACACUCACACAGAACACCACACCCCCCACCCCGGCGACACACCACCCCUCCCGCCCCAAAUCUCAGAUCAGAGCGCCGGGAGAUCUGCCAUUUCCGGGUGGAGGGAUCGAGCCCCGCGCUUCUCGAUUAAAUCCUGGGCUCUGUAUCUUGUGUGGAUGGCAUUUGUGCCUCAGAGACUGUAGCUCACCAAGUGUUGAUUUGAACCUGUGAAGAUAGAGAUGGGUUCUCCGAGAAAAUCCGACAAGAAGGCCGCCUUAGACUUUGCAGCAUGGGGUUUCAAUAUCACCUCAUCCGUUGGGAUCAUCAUGGUCAACAAAGCCCUAAUGGCUACACAUGGAUUCAGUUUUGCCACAACAUUAACUGGCCUUCAUUUAUUGACAACGACCUUGAUGACUAUUGUGUUUCGGUGGUUAGGCCUGAGCCAGCCCUCUCACUUACCGCUACCAGAUCUGAUUAAGUUCGUAAUCUUUUCAAAUUUGUCGAUCGUUGGCAUGAAUGUGAGCUUGAUGUGGAAUUCUGUGGGGUUUUAUCAGAUAGCAAAGCUGUGCAUGAUACCCGCGUCAUGUCUUCUGGAAGUUGUCUUUGAUCGUGUACAUUAUUCACGGGACACAAAGCUGAGCAUAAUGGUUGUACUUGUAGGCGUUGCAGUUUGCACUGUUACUGAUGUCAGUGUGAAUGCAAAAGGCAUGCUUGCAGCUGUUAUAGCUGUCUGGAGCACAGCUUUCCAACAAUAUUAUGUUCAUUACCUCCAGCGGAAGUACUCUCUGAACUCAUUCAAUCUCCUAGGCCACACUGCUCCAGCCCAAGCAGGUUCCCUCCUGUUAGUAGGGCCCUUUGUGGAUUACUUGUUGACUGGCAAAAGGGUGGAUCACUUCAAUUUCACAUCGCUUUCUCUGUUAUUCGUCGUACUCUCAUGCAUCAUCGCCAUCGGCGUUAAUCUGAGCCAGUUCAUCUGCAUCGGCCGGUUCUCUGCUGUAUCUUUCCAAGUCUUAGGCCACAUGAAGACUGUGCUGGUCCUGUUCCUUGGCUUUCUCUUCUUUGGCAAGGAGGGCCUGAACCUUCACGUAGUCCUUGGGAUGAUCCUCGCUGUUCUUGGAAUGAUGUGGUAUGGGAACGCAUCAGCCAAACCAGGCGGCAAAGAGCGUCGGAGUGUCCUCCCAGUGAGGUCCGAGAGGCACAAUGGAGGUUCAGAAGACAAGGAUGGUGGUGAGAAGUGAUUUUUGCAAUCGGUAGCUGCAGUGCGUGCAUAUUUUUUCCCUUGAGGUUUCUGGUGACACACAACACAGCCGAAGGAAGACAGUCUGGUAUUGUUCUUGAUAGAGGUUACUACAGAAGCUGAACCUUACCCUAGGAACUCGGCACCGUUCUCGUUAUAGGUUACAUACAUUACCGUCACAUUUUUUCGAUACAUUCAUAGUCACCAGGUGUUUUACAAGGUUUGAGUAUAGUAUAAUCCUUUAGAAGUAAGUCGUAUGUGAAGGUUGUGGAAUUGUGGUGAAGAUUGUUGGAAGUUAAGGCAUUGUUUUGAUCUUAUGGAAGUAUGGACUACACGUUAGGAUCAUUUCUGAAUUGUCAUGACUGAAUGUAAUUCAUUAUCAGGGUUUUAUAGACCAUAUUUUCACUCA